UGAAAAGAGAGUAAACUGGUGAGAGAGAUAAUCAGUUUGGCAGUCGCAUCGUUGAGUGCGACACAGACAGUUUGGUUCUCGUUGACGAAGGAUGUGACCACGUGAUUUCCAAUUAUUCCUCGCACCGAAUAAACACAUUCAAAACGAAAUCGGCUUUUCUUUUUGUCAAAUUAUAUUUAUAAAAAAAAAAUAAUUGGACUAUAAGUAAAACGUGAAUCGGUGAAAACGGAAUCGUUUUGUUCGUGAAAAAUGAAGAAUUUUUUUUUGUGAUAAAAAAAAACAAUAAUGAAUGAGGAUAAAAAUAUUCUAAUAAAUCGUUGAAAAAAUGAUAAAACGAAAUUAUUCCCCUCGAAAAAGUGAAUUCGAAAAUUCAGUUGGUGAACAUCGUGAACGUUAUUUAUAGCCGCAGGAAAAAAGAGAACAAAUUCAUCAGAUUAAAGAGUUCGGUUUCGUCAUCCAGACAAAAUAAAGGAACACAAGAAAACGAAGGAAAGGGACGCGCUGACACGCCGGCGGUCGAGGCUCGGUGUCCAACGGCCAGGAAAAAAUGUCGGAAGGGAACAACGAAUGAAAAAAAUCUGGAAAGCAGUGCUGUCAAAAUGCGGCUUUGAUAGUUGUGAAGAGCGUUCGAAGCACGGCCUCCCUCGAGCCCGCUGCUCGCUCGUCGCGCACGGCGAUGUCUUCUUCGGCAUCGUCCAACAAACUCCAAAUACUCUGGGACAACUUCAUCCACGCCGAACCGCAGACUUACGAGAAAUCGUCGUGGCUCGAUAUUUUUCUUGCUGAGUUACUGGCCCAAGUCAAGGAAGGACGUGAUCUCAAGGAUGUGCUUUCAUUCUGUUCGGUCGGUGGCGGUGGAGUGUCGACCCUGGUGGCCUGCGAGUUACUAUCGGACGUGCACGAGCUGUGUGCAGCGCGUAGCGACGGCGGAGAGUUGUUAGGAUUGCGUAGAUAUUUGGUGGAAGAGCGAGGAUGGCGUUCGCUGGCGGUGUUGCAUCUGUUGGGAGUCCGAGGGCUGUCGUGUGGGCGGGAAUUGGUGGCGUUGCUGGUGGCGCUCUAUCCGGUGGCUUAUCAGGACGAGGAGGAUUCGGUGGGGGCGAAUCCCUACGUGAAGUUUCAUUGCAACGACGAUACGGUCGACACGGUGGAGAUAAUUCCGCACACGAAGAGGAAGAUAAGCGGGAGCGCGAAGAGUCGAAGUGUGGAGCAUCAAUCGUCGAGGAAACGAACGAGGCGUCAGAGCACGGCGGGGGCGAGGAGCCUGCAUUUGCAGCGAUCGAAAAUCGGGGGAGAAGCGAAGCAGCUGCAGGAGCAGCAGCAGCAGCAGGGAGAAGAGAAAGGGACGAGCGAGUCUGAAGUCUUGACGGAUGGGAUCGACCAGGCGCGCUCUUUGACCCUGAAAAUCCGGCUGAAUCCAAUGGACUUUGAGUACUUCACGUCCGUGGUGAGAAGCGACGAGGAACAUCGUUGGGAAGCGAGUCUGUACGAGCUCCCGGCUCGCCCGGUCCGGAGGACUUGGCAGGAUUUUAUCGACGAGCGAGUGAAAAAAGUACUGGAAACUAAAAUCAGCCAUUUCGAGACGAGUCUCUUGAUAAUUCAGCUGUUGCAGGGCUUGCGGGACUACGCGACGCCUGCUGAGCAGACGCCGGCUGUCCAAGUGCUCAAAUUCGCUCUGGAUACGCUCUGGGCUCUGCAGUUUGGGAUCGACGGAGCAAACUUGAGCGGCACUGAAUGCGCGACUCUGAAAGCAGCGGCUGCGAGGCUGAUGCUGGGUGCGAUGGAACGGGUUCUGCGGGCGGACGAGCCGACGACGGCCGUCAUCCACAACGGCCUCUUGCCAAUGACGUUGAGGCUACUCGAGGACGCUUGCAGCAAGCCCGUCACAGUUUUACGAGCCGAGGAAGGCUCCCUGCUCCAGGAAUUCAUAUUCGCGACGACUUAUGGGAUCAUAACGUUUCUUUAUUGCCUCCUCCAUCAGCGAGGCACCACCGAGAAACUCAAAGACUUUCUCGAGUUGUUUCAACUCUUCACCGAGAGCCAAGAUGGCAAACUCGUUGAACGCACGAUCCUCGCGAUCGUAAACUUGCCCUCCGUCGAUCAAGGCCGCUCGGUGACACGCGCGAGAAAAGUAAUCGACAUGAUCGGCGCCCUGACCAGCGCCCUGAAACGCGUUCGUCAAGAUCUUUGUCACAUGGGACACUGCCAACGCUCUCGACAUCGCUCCUGCACCGAUGCCAUCGAGCCCCAUCAUCAUUUCGACAUCCUCGGCGUCACGUAUCCUCACCAACCCCUCGUCGGUACCAUAACACAACAAACUUGCUGCGUCUCCUCUCUUUUCAUGACUCUCACCUCGCUCACCAAAGAAGCUCAUUCCUUCGUAAUCGAGCUCCAAGUUCGACUCCUCAAAGUCAUCACCGCGGCUGGAACUUGCUGCUGCUUCCCACCCAAAGUUCUUCUCACUUCUAUCGUCGCUUUUCUCAAGCGACGCAACCCCCAAACUUACGCACCUUCCGUCGCCCUCCUUGAGAGAACUCUCUUCAAAGAACUGGGCGCUUAUCCUGGCCUGGACACCUGCAACACGUGCAACAAACCAACCAACUAUUCUUGGGAGUUUCUCGAACUUUACGCCGACCUUUUGACCCCCGACGAGCCUAAACUCUCCUACGUUGUUAUGUCACACCUUCUCAAAGUCACUCCCAAUUCCAGCUUCCACGUCAGGAGAGAAAUGCUCUUUCGUGUCUUCUAUCCAACUUUGCUCAGCGCCAAGGCCACUUAUCUCGAGAAAAAGCACGAAUCUAACGCCGAGUUUCUCAUCCAGUCCUGUCUCUCCGUCGUCUCCAGCCUCCUCGUAAACGCGCCCAUGUGCGAACGUUUCACCGAAAUGAAUGGCCUCGAAGAUGCUCUCAGCCUGCUGCCGAACCCCAGUUUCACCAGGCACGUUUACAGCCUUCUCGAAGUCGUCGUAAUCAUGGAAAUCUGGAAAUCCGUGUGCGAAGAUCCAUCAGAACUUCGAGUCUCCGAAGCGCCGGCGCUGUCUGCACUAUUUCACGCUCUCGAGAGGGAAACCAACGGCCUCAUCGACCUUCUAGAAACCUUCAGGAGCCAAAGUCUGCAGGAAAUCAUUCAAGAAACGCGCAAACAUCGGGCCGAUCGAUUUUGCACGAAUUUCGAUAAUAAAUAUUCCUACACGGAUAACGAUCAUUCGACCAACAUCGACGAUGCUCCGGACCAGUUUCAUCCAAACUACGAAUCCACCAAAGGCCUUAAAGACGACACCAUUUCCUCUGAUGAGCUUUUCCAAUCCGCUGAAGAAGACAAAACGCUUCAGGAUCGUGAAAAAAUCGACAAGGACCUUCGCCGUCUCGAUUCAGACGUCAAUUUUCGCAAUAACGUCUGCCUCUUCCAAGCCAGUGCUGCCUGGAGAGCCGCUGCUGGCGUUGCUCUCUCCAGCCCACGAUUUCGCAGUGAACUUUCUCAACAUCCCCUCGCCGAAAAAUCGCUCAAACUCUUCAAAAUUCUCGCUGUUCUCAUCGCCACUGAUAAAAUCAAAGACACGAGUAAAUCGUCACACCGGUUGAUCGAGGCCUUAAUCACGUGCUGCCUGACAUCACCACUGUGUGACUGCGACGUCGUCACGGAGCUCGGGAAAGCACUCAUCAAUGGCGGCAUCAAAUUAGGACGUGGAAUUGCUAUGCUGGUCGAAGCUUUGCUCAGAGUUUCCAUGCUUAGGCCUAGCCAAGAACAAACUAUGCCACAACCGACCCGACCUCGACUUCCAACGAUGACCUUGGACACUCUGCCCGACUGUGUUGGCGAAGAAAGCAGCAAUGGAGAAUACGUGACAGCUGAUGACGGUUACGAGGCCGAUAUCGAGGUUCAAGGUCGCAGCCCUUCGAACACGACUCCGAAGAAGCCAAAUCCCCUGGGCCCGGUUGUUGAACCGAGAGGCCACGCGAACGCUCAUCCUGCGUUGUGCUCCCUCGCUGUCGACCUCCUUAUUCACUUUAGCGAACAAGGUUUGGAUGGCGAUCGCGGAGCCAUCGUAACCGGCGGAUUGAGACGCGUCGCUGUAACUUGUCGCGAAAGUGCUUCCAGCUGCGCUGCACUCGCUGGGUCUGGAGCUAUAACGCGAAUUCUCGAAGGUUUUAAAGACAUUCUUAUCAGCAAAGAUCCUCAAUAUCAAGACUUGCAACAUGCAGCUCUCGAAGUUUUUAUGCUUUUGGCAACUCAGUCAAUUUCGCCAUCGGAACUUGUGACGUAUCUUUCGCUAUUCAAAGUGCGAUCACCGCCGUUGUUGCCGUUGCUCGAGCCACUAUUUCGUCUCGUUUUGGCAUCCCGUCCACAGCCGAAUUAUAUUCUACCAUUUCCGGUAACCGGAGAACCGGAAACGGUCACGGUGAGCAACGAGAGUCAGGACAAAGAUCCGGAGAAGGCGGAAAAUCUUGUGAACAACUUUCGCAAGAAACACUUGGCCUCGGGCAUUUGUAGCCCUUGGUCCGUUCAUGCAACGUGUUUACCCGUUGGACCCGAGUUGUCCUGGCCACUCUGGCUCAACGGAUGCUCCGCCUCGAUGUGGCUUCGCGUCGAAAGAGGGUUGUCCAUGAGCGGCCGCGGAACCACCGUCUCUGUUGCACCUGCUCUCGAUUCCGGGAGCGAAAACUUAUCCGAUUGGGGCGUCCUUUCCGACAAUUGGAGUCGCGAAGUAGUUGCCGGCUCCGUUUCGCCGCCUACGCCCACAACGAUAAUCCACCUCAUGUCCGUUGGCUUCGAAUCGCUAGUUCUAGAAACUUGGCUGGAUUUAAGAUCAGAUAAAUUGAUACUUCGUUUGACACGUCCGGAUGACAAAACUAAUCGAACGAUAUCUGAGACAUCGAUAAACGGGAUGUUACCGUCGGGACGUUGGCAUCAUUUGGCUCUCAAUUUUAAGGACAUGAUUUUGAACAAGAGGAGUGCGGUGAUCGAGGUGACGAUUUGGAUCGACGGUUGGCGGGAAGCGACAGCGCAAUUGGCGUUCGACGGUCUGCUGGUGAGGAAACGUGUGACGACGUGCGUCCUCGUCGGGCAAACGGGGCCGAGCGGGAGCGGAGCUUGGUAUAUGGGAAAUUUGAUGCUAUUUCGGUGUCCCGUUUUCACUCGCGAAAAAGCUCUUUAUUUAGCGAGCCUCGGUCCGAAUUACACGAAUUUAGCCGAUUGCGUGUUGAACACCGUAAAACCGGACUUUGCGCCGCUGAUAGCGUCCGGUGCUUUGAACGGCGUGCGGGAACUGAAGUUUGAAGGUGGAAAAUUCGACGUUGGAAGGCGAAAAUCUUACGGUGGCACGUAUUUGAGACACGCGGUUGAAACGAAAAUAAGCGAGACGAAAAUCGACUGGGAUUCUGUGAUGGACGCGACGAAUUCUCACCUCGGCGAGCUCCAGGACAAUCUUCUGUUGAUUUACGAAGCUCAAAAUCCCCAAAUCGUUCAUCUUUAUCCACAAGCGAUAGCGAAUCCUAACGUCGUUAGAAAUUUGUUUCCCGGACAGCCAGGAUUCCGUGUUGUCACCGCUCCCGAGCAUCGCGUAUCUCAGCAGCCUCCCCUUUCGAUCUCUCCUAUUCUCGCUGCCAAACUCGAGUGCCAACAGUACCGCGGCCUUGUUCCCGCCGCCACUCUCAUCGGCGGAACUCCCAUUUUUUUGUACCUUUUCGCACGCGUCGUCGAGCUCAACUCCACCGAAGAAGAGCAAGCUCUCGCCCUCUCCAUCGUUCUUCACCUCGCUCGCAGCGACUCCGAACUCCUCAAUCAAUAUCGAUCCGAAGGCGGACCUUCACUUCUCCUCAGAGUAUUAGAGUCUCCGAGAUGUCACGCUGGAAAACACAUCCUCAAAGCGAUCCUCGAUGCCGCCUGUGACAGCCCCAUCCUCAUCAAAGAUAUCGCCACUGGAAAUCACUCCGUUUCACUAAAUUCUGAAGCUGUCGUCACCGACCCUGAACUCGUCAAAGGCGCUCUUGGCGCUUGGAGAACUUGGGCAAAAUAUGAUUCGCUCAAUCUCUUCCUUCAGGCUCUUCUCAUUCUUUUACGCGAUCAGCAUUCCCAAAGGGAAUUCAACUCGUCGCAGUUCAAUCGCGUUGGAAUAGUCGAAACUAUUCUUAUGCUCUGUAAGGAACAUUUUAUGUACGAAGAUUUGGGAGCUGUGCUGGAUCCAACCACGGGAAAUGCGGUCGUCGAAUUGAUACGUGCCCUCAUGGGCGCUCCGCCUGAAUUUGCUCAUUUGGUGGCGAUCACCGAUUACCUGGUUCUGGUUCAUCAAGCAUCGGAAACUUACGUCACACAUUCUCGUCAUAAUAUUUACUUUUUGUUACCUUCUUUGGACGAGAAGAAAAACAAUGCGAAAAUUGGCUCCGUCGCGACUGUUAGCUCGUCCGACGAAUCCCUUGAAACUUUGGAGACGAGCAAGCUCAAUAAAGCCUUGACAAACGUUCAAAUUCAGAGAGACCGAGCAGCGAGGAGGAAGGAACGACGCAAUGAACCAUCGAAAGAGACGAGCGGAGGCGAAGAUUCCGGAAUUGCUGCCAGCGAUGGAUCGAAUCAACAGACGAAUGAGAAAAUUUCGAAUUGGACGGACGAGAGACGAGCCUGCCAAGGUCUCGUGUGCGAAGGAUUGCUUCUGUUGCUGCGAGACGCUUUGCGAGUUUUGCCAGACAGUCAAGUAGGUUCGGUACUGAAGCACGUGUUACGAGCCGAACUGUUGCUCGUGCUGGCAAACAAUCCUGACACUCGAGUUCGCACAGCAUUGAUAAGAGUCGUUCAAGCCUAUUUGCAUCGAGCGAGUGACGAAGAAAUCAACAAAUUCAUCAAACAAAAAUAUUUCAUGCAUCUUGCUAAUCAGAUCGCUCUUUACCCCGGAAGCGAUGCACUUAUUCGUGCUCUGGAGGUUCUCGCUGUCAGAGGCCCAACCCUCGCUGCGAUGCCGCCCUUGUUGGCGAUGAUGACAAAAGCCGCUGCCACCGAUCCCAGCAUCGCCAGGCCAAUGGUUUCUUUCAUCACUGACGUCGUUGCCAAGAAUUCAAGUGGUUUGAAAAUGCUUCUGGAACAAGGUCUCGUGGAAUCAUUGGCUCGAGCGCUCGUCGGUGGUGCCCACAAAGGCAAUUCUGUGUCCUUGUUCAGCGACAUCCACGUUCUGCUUGUUGCGAUCGCUACGAAACUUUUGGAGUCACCGGGAAGUCAUCAAAUGCAAGCUGUCUACGAUUUACAUCUGGUUUUGAACCACGUUGAAUUGAAGGAACGGUCUCAGUGCGGAACGAGCACUUCUUGCGUCGCGGUCGUCAGAGACGCUCAAGUCGUUCUUUUCGACGGCGAACUCGACAAUCUCAUGUCCAAAGUUUCCACUAAUUCGGGAUUCAGACUACGAAGUACUGCGUCGUAUCUUGCGUCUGCCACUUACCUCACUUCCGUACUCACAACUUCCAGUGAACAAAGCGACCACGAGUCCCGUUCCUCGAGUUACGGGAGUCUCCACAGUGGAAUGAACACGACGACGCGUGAGCCAGGAAAAGGGGAAAUCAACGAACGUUUGAGGAUGGUUUUGUUGAGGGCCGUUGAAUUUAUAACGACCGCGGAUCAAGCUCCGUCAACCAGUGAAUUGCAACUCACGAGGCGUCUAUUUUCGUUGUUGCUGCAUGGUCUUUCGAGCUCUUCGGAGAAGAAAAAUCACUGGGGUGGCUCCUGGUCGUCCAAACCUUUCCUUCGGAAAAACACUGCCAGAAUAUUAGUCUGGCUUCUCGGACCGCAUCAGAGCAACAAUACGAGAGUUUAUGCAGUCAGAUCGCUGAUGGAAGAACCUCGGGGACGGGAAAUCUUGUCCUCGCUCCUUGAAAUUCACCCGCAGGUGGAACAAAAAUUCACUGUUUUCUUCUGGGACCUCUUGCGACGACGCGAUGAGAUGCCGAGUGCAGACGCAAGGGUGUGCGCCGAAUUGAAGGAAGCUUUGAAUAUUUGGAACCUCGUGAAAGGUAUUGAACGUGCCACUCCUGGUUUGUGGGGCGAAGAACUUGCGAUGCUCCGUCGCGAGCUCAUGAGGGAUCGGGAUAUUUGGCUGGAGAAUUAUUUGUCGGCGAUUCAUAGAAUUGGUAAUAGAUUCGACCUGCUAGCGAAACAAUUGGCUGAAAACGCUAUGACGGUAACCCGCUCUGUGGUCGAAGAGCAGAAUCGAGAACGCAAAGUUUUAAUGGAAAAACUUAAACACUCGAGAGCAAUGGAAGCUCAGGCUAUCGCGCGGUGGAGAGAUCUGGCGAAACGAUUGACCCACGAGAGAGCACCUUGGUAUUUUCCUGACUGUUAUCCACGCAGUUGGGAACUCGAUCCUACGGAAGGACCUGCCAGAGUGAGAAUUCGAUUGCAGAGAUGUCAUCUCAAGUUCGACAAACGAUUCCUGAUGCCUGAGCAUCAGGCGAAAUUGGAAGCUGCAAACUGCGAAGGGCCUUUGUCCUACUUAUUCAUGACAGUCCGCCAAGACACGAACGCAACUGCUCUGAUCGAGAGACUGCACACGAGCGAGAGAAUCCGCAAAAUGUCACAAGCAAGAGUUGUCACGCCGCGAGCCGAGUUGCCCGGCGAAGCUCUGAUCGGCGAAACGUGCCUUUACUUUGUUCCGGACAAUCCUGACAUGCCUCUGCACACUGACAUCGCUUUGGGAGGUUUGGAACUGGCAAUGGCAGGUGGCACGGCCUGGAGACUCGAGGAUAUUCGAGAGUUGCACAGGAGGCGAUAUCAGUUGCAGGAGCGAGCGAUCGAAAUAUUUCUCGUUACCGGACGGACUUAUUUGCUGGCGUUCAACACGUCGAAGGAAAGAGACGAAUUUGCAACGGAAUUGUCCGCUUGCAAUCUACCGCGUCGAGUUCCCGGCGAUGACCUCGGCGAAGCUCUGGCCCUUUGGCGCAGCGGAGCGCUCACGAAUUGGGAAUACGUAACUUGCCUGAACAAAUUGGCCGGACGUUCUUACAACGAUUUAAUGCAAUAUCCCGUUUUUCCCUUCGUUCUUUCGGACUACACGAACGACAAAAUUGAUCUGAACAAUCCCAAAAUUUACCGAAAUUUCGAACGUCCUAUGGCUGUACAAGACAAAAAAAAUGAGCAACAUUAUAUCAACAAUUACAACUAUCUUAAACAAGCUCUGGCCGAAGGAUUGAAUUUGAUCGCUCUCAACCAAGAACCUUUUCAUUACGGUUCUCAUUACAGUAAUUCCGGUACCGUUUUACACUUUUUGGUCCGAUUGCCACCGUUCACGAGUAUGUUCCUGUGCUAUCAAGACGACAAUUUCGACAUUCCUGAUCGAACUUUUCACGCGCUUGCCACAACGUGGCGUCUGACGAGUUGCGAUUCAACGACAGACGUCAAAGAGUUGAUACCCGAAUUUUUUUAUCUCCCCGAAUUUUUGCUCAAUUCGGAGGGUUUCAAUUUUGGAACUCGUCAAAAUGGAUGCAGAGUUGGCGACGUCGAAUUGCCGCCCUGGUGCGGCGGGGAUGCUCGACUUUUCAUUCUCGCUCAUCGAGCCGCUUUGGAGUCCGAUCUCGUUCGCGAAGUUUUGCCCUAUUGGAUCGAUCUCGUUUUUGGAUUCCGACAGACCGGGCGACCCGCCGUGGAAGCCAUUAACGUUUUUCAUCCCGCGACUUAUUACGGCUUCAACGUUGAACAAAUCGCCGAUCCGUUGGAACGUCAGGCCUGGGAAACGAUGGUUAAAACUUAUGGACAAACUCCGGCACAAUUGUUCAAAUCUCAACACCCCUUGCCUAUACAAACUGUCAGUACGAUCACACCUUCGAACAGCAUUCCUCAAGUAAUCGAAGGCGUUAGCGGUAUUAAAUGGGGAAGUUACGUCGGAGCGCCUGGAAACGAACCCGUUCUGUGCUGGAAACACAAACACAGAGCUCCGAUGGCAUCUUUAAUGCCUUUAACAACCGGCGAUGUUUUCGGCUUGCCAACUUGCACGACUCUCAUUCUCGGAUACAACAAAGAAAAAGGAACGAAUAUGCUCAGCGGAACUUCCGUUUUGGGAGCAGCUCUAGCUUCCUGGGGCGGAAACGACGGGAUCGCGAGAUUAAAAUCGAAAAAGGAACAACCGCCAAGACCAUUGAUGAAGUCCUCAGGAUUUGAUCCGAUAACAAUUCUUGGCUCAGCUCCAGAUUGCGGACAGCUCUGGGCCGGACAUUUGUCCGGAAGAAUAACGGUCCACGCUUACAACGUUGGUGCCGUGGGAAAAAUAGAAUUUAGCACGGGUCCGGCGACGGUUUUAUUGGCUCACAGAACGGCUGUGAAAGUGAUAGCUUUGUCGCGAGCUUUUAGCAUCGCAGUUUCCGGUGACGCAUCGGGCCUAAUUGUCAUUUGGGAUCUCAACAGUCUCACGUACGUUAGAUCGAUAUCUUGCGACCUUGGACACUCGAUAAAUCUCCUGAGUAUCAGCGAGACUCUCGGUGACAUAGCUGUGACUUGUCAAGUCUCUAAAUCCAUGGUAGAAAAUAGUACUGAAAAUAAAUCUGAACUUCGAGUUUUUACUAUAAAUGCUCGACCCGUUGGCACCGUUCUCUCCAGACGAAGAAUCACAGCUCUUUGCUAUAGCAACGCUCCCGAAGGUAUCUCCGUCAAUGUCAUUGCCACUGGCCUCGACAAUGGUGUUAUUAGACUGUGGAGCAGUUGGGAUUUGAGGCUGGUUCGGGAAAUCGUGAAUGGUGGAAAAGGUUGCGGUGCAAUAAUUGCAGUUGCAUGGGCUUUGGAUCAGCACCACUUGUACGCAGCUACGGAUGACUCAACCGUUCUUAUUUGGGAAGGAACGAAACGUUUGAGUAACGGGACUCCAAAAUUCUUCAAUUUGACGUCCCUCUGACAGAAAGAAGAUUCGAGUUUGAUCGAUGAGUGAAACUGUCGAAAUUGUAUAUAAAACUUAUUAUUUUUUUUCCUUUUUAAUAAUUCCGAGAAUUCUCAGUUUUAUCAAAAGACUCGAGAGAUAAAAGUCUAAGCGAUUUGUCAUUCGCAAUAUUCAUUAAACUGUCGAUUUCGACAGUCGACGUAGUUUUAACUCAAUUUCCAAACCGCGUAAGCUUUAUCGAUGCCGGCUUUACUUCAUAUACGUCCCAAUUUAAAUUUAAACAUUACAUUCUAAUCGUAACUGUUUUUUUUUUAUUCUUGAUUAUGCGGAUUCUUUGUUCGCGAUGCUGUUUUUUUUCUUGUUGUGAACACAGAUCAAUGAAAACAUUCUAUUCCCGACGUUGUUACAAUUUUUUAAAUCGAAACACGAAAACUCGUUGGUUUUAUGUGCCAACAAAUUGGAGUAUUAUUCAUCGUUAUUCUCUUUUCACGCUUUUUACUCGCGUCAACGUAAAUACUCGCGAUGUUUCUAGUGAUAUCGAAAUAUCUGAAUAUAUAAAAUAAAUUUACAUAUAUAUUUUUGUACUUGUAACUCGUUUUUUUAUCACAUGGAAAAUUUUCUUUUUCUUUAUAAAGUUCGAAUAUUUCGGAAGUUUAAUCGUCGUUUCGUAAGUCAAAGUGCCUGAACUAGUGUUUAAUUUGAACAGUUGUAAAAAAUCGAUGCUUCGUUUGUGAGAAAUAGCGAAAAAAUAUUGAAAACAUUUUAAAAAUUCAAUAACGUUUGAAAUUUUUUGAUUUAUUCGCAUUUUCUUUAUAUUGGCGAAUCCGAAAUUUUGUGUGCCUCCUUUUGAUCUCAAGUUUUUAUUACCGGAUUCGAAGAAGCUUUGAAAUUGGAGAAUUCAUGAAAUUUCGAUAAUUCAUGGGUUUCAACAAAAAUUUUCGUUACAGAGUUAUUUAUUUUGGAAUAAAUAGCGGUUGAUAUUUGACCAAUAUUCGUAACUCGAAUUUAGGUGCCACUAAAGUAAAUAAAAAAUCAAGUUGGUUAAUAUUUGAUCAAAGAAUAUUGUCCUGGUGCCAAAAAAAUGCCUGAAACCCAGUUAUGCGUAGAAAAUAUUUUAGAGAAAUAUUAUUUCAUACUCUAUACCGUUGAGAUAUUUAUACAUUUUUUAAAGCACUGAUCAUUGUAACAAUACGGUUUUUUAUAUUAAAGAAAAGAAGAUUGUCUUUAUUA